GACCAGUUCCGGUUCCUGUCUACAACUUCCGGGCGGCGCCGCCGGUUCCGGUGUGGCAGGUUCUUGUAUCCGCCGCAGCUGCCAGUCGGGACUCCGUUCCAGGUCUUUUGACAAUAGAUUGCUUGAUCGCAUGCUUCAGGGAUGUCUCUCUCUCUCAUAAUAAAAUGGGGUGGACAAGAAUAUUCAAUAACCACACUUUCUGAAGAAGAUACGGUGCUAGAUCUCAAGCAGUCCCUCAAGACACUUACAGGAGUGCUACCAGAACGCCAAAAGUUGCUUGGUCUCAAAGUUAAAGGCAAACCUGCAGAAAAUGACGUUAAGCUUGGAGCUCUCAAACUGAAACCAAAUACUAAAAUCAUGAUGAUGGGAACUCGAGAGGAGAGCUUGGAAGAUGUCUUAGGCCCACCACCUGACAAUGAUGAUGUUGUCAAUGAUUUUGAUAUUGAAGAGGAAGUAGUUGAAGUAGAAAAUAGGGAAGAAAACUUGCUAAAAAUUUCUCGAAGAGUUAAAGAUUAUAAAGUGGAAAUUUUGAAUCCUCCCAGGGAAGGAAAGAAACUUUUGGUUCUAGAUGUUGACUACACAUUGUUUGAUCACAGGUCCUGUGCAGAGACUGGGGUAGAAUUAAUGCGGCCAUAUCUUCAUGAAUUUUUAACAUCUGCAUAUGAAGAUUAUGACAUAGUAAUUUGGUCUGCUACAAAUAUGAAGUGGAUUGAAGCUAAAAUGAAGGAGCUGGGAGUAAGUACAAAUACAAACUAUAAGAUCACCUUCAUGUUGGACAGUGCUGCUAUGAUAACAGUGCAUACCCCAAGAAGAGGCCUAAUAGAUGUAAAACCUCUUGGUGUUAUAUGGGGAAAAUUUUCAGAGUUUUACAGCAAAAAAAAUACCAUUAUGUUUGAUGAUAUUGGAAGAAAUUUUCUUAUGAACCCACAGAAUGGAUUAAAGAUAAGGCCUUUUAUGAAAGCUCAUCUAAAUAGAGAUAAAGAUAAAGAACUUUUAAAGUUGACCCAAUACCUCAAGGAAAUAGCAAAAUUAGAUGACUUUUUGGAACUGAAUCACAAACAUUGGGAAAGGACCAUCUUUUUUGCAUCUCUUUGGAGGAUUAUAGGUCUGGAAGUAAAUAUUGUCAAAAGGUAUGCAAAACAUUUAAUAACUUUUUAGGAACAGUAUCAAAGUGCUUUUGCAGAAUGUGUAUACUGAUUUACAGCUCUACUAAAAGCAUCAAUGUGCCUAUUUUGCUGCAGCCCUUCAAACAUCUGUCAUGUUCCAUUUUUGUCAUUUUUGCCAAUCAGCUAUAUAUCUAGUGGAGCCUUAGAGUUAUUUUAAUUUGUAAUUCUCAUAUUAUUAAUGACUUGGAAUAUUUUUCAAAUGUGAUAAAUACAUUAGCUUUCUUCCCUUAAGAAAUGCCUGUUUAUAGUUUUUGACUAUUUCAAUUUAGAAAAUUGUAUUUUGAUUUUAGAGCAAAAGAAGGGAAUUCCAUUUUAAUUUUUGGACAUCUGUUCUUUGGGUGUGAAUUUAGUCUGUAUAUUUUCUCAAUAAUAGUUUUUAAGUGUACCAUGCAUAUAAUACUGUGAUAUUUUAGAAAUUCCCUAGACCUAGAUUUAAUCCCAGUUUUAUCAUUAAAGUGAUUUGCUUAAUCUCAGUUUGGGAUUAGAUAUUUUCUAAAGUCUCUCAUCUUGAUCUUGAAAGGAAAGUCUCUUCUGAUUUAAAUCUGCAUUUUUAUAAAUUGAUCUGUAAAUGAAUUUCAAAAUAUAUUUAAUGCUGCACUUAAAGAUGAAACAAAAUCUAAAGAUAUAAAGGUGUAUCGGUAUCAAAUCCUACAUUUGGCAAUAGCUUAGUAUUCAUGUGACAUGGGUCAUUUUACUUUCCUUCUUUAGGUCCUGGUUUCUGUAUAUGUAUAAAAUAAAGAGGUUGGAUAAAUUAUUUUUAAUGUUUCUUCCAAUCCUAAACUUUAUGAAAUCUCCUAAAUGUAUACUAAAAUACUUUUGUGUAUAAAAUCUUUAGAAUAUCUUUAGAUGCUUUUAAAUGUAUAGUUGAAAUGUAUAUUUUAAUAAAUAGGCUUUUUGUGAUUUUUUUUUCAAUUAAUCUUUAAUAAUUAAAUAGACCUUUUAAUUAAAUAGAUCAGUUUAUCAAGAACUCAUAGUGAGGAAUUUCUCUUAAUUUUAUAAAUUGGAAUCAACUCCUUAGAUAUUUUGAACUUAAGACCUUUAUUGGAGGAACUUGCUUCAAGAUUGUUUUUUCCAGUGAUCCUAUCCCAUAUUAGCAACAUUAGCGUAGUUUGUACAAAAGCAUUUUAAUUUUGAGGAAUCAAAUUGUCUAUAUUCUUUAAUCCUCUUUGUUCUUUGUUUGAUCAUAAACUCACACCUCUCAGAUUGCCUAUAAAAGGUAUUCUGUCAAUAUAUGGGGAUAAAAGCAACCAUGCUAAAAAAAAAUUCUGAAAUGACAAUUUUUCUUUAUACAAGGGGCAAGGGAUACCAGUCAAGAUAGCAAAGUAGGAGGAAGCAGUAUAGCCCAGCUCUCCUCAUAGCUACUUCUCUAAAGUUCUUAGAAGAGUUGCAAAUUGCUUCGUGAUUGGAAGAAACAAAAAGUGAAAAUAUUAUGCUUUGAGCCAUAUUCAGUUUCCAUAGCUCUCUCUGGAUGUCAAUGUCCCAAGUGUAUUGGAAUUGACUUGAAUCAUCCUAUAGUUGAGAAGAGACAAGUCUGGCAUCACAUAAUCUUAGUACUAUCAGUUCCUUGCGAUUAUAAAAAGAACUGUUAAUAACAUUUUUGCACAUAUGGGGCUCUUUU